GCAUACGUCAGGCGAUACAUACACAGGAAAAGAAAAUCGAAACGGAAAGCCAGGAAAAUAUGGUUCUCUCGUCUGUAGAAAAAUUGUUGAGCUAUCAAUUGUAAAUAUUACCUGUUUCCUAUUUCGCACCGAUUGAAAGUGGAUGUGCAGCGAAAGCGUGUGUUGUGUCGAAAACCGAGCGUGGAACGUACAGUGAAUACCUGAUUUUGCCUGGGUGUGAAUCGAAUUCGUGUGAGAGAGCGUGCGAUCUGAGACCUGAGAUCUGGGAUCUGGGAUCUGGGAUCAGAAAUCUAUAUCUACUUGCCAUACGCAGAGUCAGAAAUUACAGCCAGCAUCUAAUCCCUAUCAAUAGUGUAAGAAUUGUUGUGUAACCACCUUUUAGGACCGCCCAACUGCGUCGUCUACCCAUUUGUCCUCCUCCCGCCGAUUGCGCUUGUGUGUGUGUGCGCUUGUGUGUGCCACACACUUGCACACAUACAGAUGCCAGGAUUGGAUAUUUGUAUUUAAUUUAUGGGGUUUUCAUUCAUUGAUUUUCCGAUACCCAUCGCGAUUCCACACUCACAAAUGUCAGUUUACUUGCAAUAAGUGGGUGAAAUAUCUGUAUUCUUGAGUAGUUCAAAACAUGUGCUAUAUAUAUGUACAUAAACUUGAGUUUGGGCUCUUUUUAUUUGUUUAUUAACUAAAUGUACGUAAAAUUCCUAUUUAACCAAUGUUGGGGUGUAUUUAGAAGGUUUAACUAGAUUAACUAAAAGAAUCAAUAAUAUAUCAAUGUUUCUAACACUGCUUAAGUAAUUUAAGUUCCUUAUUAGUUUUUACUUUAUGAUACAAAGUUCAGAAAUAUAGGAAGAUUUUAGAUUCUUUUAGGAAUGUUCAUUUGUGCUAUUAGUAGGUGAACCUUAUAUAAAUGUGUGCAUAGAGUGGUUCCGGGGAACCUUUUUGUGUUGGAUAUAUUGUGGGAUGCAUCUGGAUAGAACGGAUGAACUGAGUGAGUGCAUUCAUGAAUGCAGCGAUGCAGAAUAUGUGGGAUGCUUCAGUUGAUUGAAUGACAUGGUGGAUCAUUUCUAGAGCGAAGUGUGAGCCCCCUGCGGCGAUAGAUUUCUUUAAUGCCCUCUCGUUUCUAGCAGCCUCCUAGGAGAUGGAUUUCGUUCAAGUGUCGGAGGAGGAGGGUGACGAGCCCAUCGAGCUGCCGGCUGAGGAGGAUGGCACUCUGCUGCUGUCCACCCUGCAGGCGCAGUUUCCUGGAUCCUGCGGUCUGAAGUAUCGCAACAUGGACACGAAAGCGGUGCGCGGAGUUCGCUCCAACGAGGGCCGACUGUUUCCACCCAGCGUGGAAUCCGGCUGGGGCGAGUACCUGUACUUCUGUGUCUUUCCCAAGGAGAACAAGCGCAAGAGCGACGAUAACUUGGAGAACUCAACGGCCAAGACCAAACGCAUCGAGACCCGUCUCCGCUGCACAGAUCUCAUCGUGCUCGGCUUGCCCUGGAAGACCACAGAGGAGAGCUUGCGAGAGUACUUCGAGACCUACGGCGAGGUGCUGAUGGCCCAGAUCAAGAAGGACACCAAGUCGGGCCAGUCCAAGGGCUUCGGGUUCGUGCGCUUUGGCUCUUACGAUGCCCAGAUGCGCGUGCUCUCCAAUCGCCACCUCAUCGACGGUCGCUGGUGCGAGGUUAAGGUGCCCAACUCGAAGGUGAGUCCUCUCGAAAGUCUACAAAUUACACGCCUAAUAAAACCUCUGUUUUUCCAGGGCAUGGGCCACCAGGUGCCUUGCAAGGUAUUCGUGGGUCGCUGCACCGAGGACAUAAACUCCGACGACUUGCGCGAGUAUUUCUCCAAGUUUGGCGAAGUCACCGACGUGUUCAUUCCCCGACCCUUCAGAGCUUUCAGCUUUGUAACCUUCCUCGAUCCCGACGUGGCACAGUCCCUGUGCGGAGAGGAUCACAUAAUCAAGGGCGUUUCGGUCCAUGUUUCGAACGCUGCCCCAAAGGCCGAGCAGAACAGAAACCAGCAGGCCCAGAGCUAUAACUACAACUCGGCCAACAGCUUUGGCAUGCACUCAUACCACCCACAGGGUAACCACAUGAAUCCCGGCCGCAACGGACACCACAGAGGUAAUAACCAACACAGUGCUCACGGCGGUGAGAACUCAAUCAUCGCCAGUAAUCACAACAACAUUGGCACCGCCGGCUACGGCAUGGGUGGCAACAAUUACGGCGGCAACUCGGGCGGGGGCUACCACAACAAUGGCAGCAAUCACUCCAGUGGCGGGAACACAAAUCGCCAGGACGGCGGCAGCCAGUACAGCAGUAGGCAGGCGAAUUUUCACGGAAUGAACCAGCCCCACAACGGCAACGUGGGCGGCAGCAACGGCUGGAUGAACCGCGGCCACCUGGACAUGCCCAACCUGCAGGCGCUGGGCAUCAAUUCGCAGGGAUCAAGCUCCUCCAACCAGGGCCAGAACAUGAGCAACCAGUCAAUGCUCAAUCUCAACUCACUGCCCAUCAAUCCCGCCCUGGUCGCUGCCGCCUUGAACCAGUGGAGUCUGGUCGGCAACCAGCUGCAGAACCAAAACCAGGACCAGCAGGGCGGCAAUUUUUUAUCGUGGAUGGCUCAGAACGGGGGCCACAACAACGCCAACAAUUUUGGUGGACGGAAGGGGCCGAAUAACCCGAACAAUCCGGGUGCCAACGGAAUGAAGCCCGACAACUCGGGCUGCAAUGACCCACAGAACGGGAACAGCGGUUGGUCGAACCAGAGCAGCGGAUCUCAAAACUCCGUGGAGAAGUCAAACUUUCUGUAAGGCGGUGCCUGCACGAUAACCAAAACCUCUGUAGCUUACUUAAAGAUAUAUGUAUUCCACAUAUAAACAAGUUAAGAAUUGUAUUUAAUAUGUAAUAGAUAUUUUGAUAAUUGUAAGCAAGAUGACACUGGAUGGCUAAUAACACAAUUUAUAGAACACACUUCGAAAUAAAUUCUGCGCCAAAGCUCAGUAUAAAGCUCUUCGAAUGGUGUCAUUUAAGUAGGAUUGAGCCUAAAUCGAAUUUGUUUUGUAUUUUGUUUAAUUUAGCUUACCUAGGUAUGAUUACUUAUAAAGAUUGUGCACAUUUAGGGCUGGAUCUGUGAAGAAUUUCCAUUAUAACAAGGUUUUCUUUUAGAUAUCUAAACGAAAUGGCAGAGCCUCAUUUCAGAGGAGAAUUCAUCUAAGUUGUACAUUAAUUUCAAAUACUCUUAAUAAUAAAACUUGUGGAUUGCAAUCCAAAUAAACCAUGA